CUCUGAAUUUGUCCAGUCCAGCUGCAAAGCAGCUUGUGGAACUGCUGUCUGUACUCUAAGCAAGCCUUGGGAAAAAUCUGUGGAAAUCUAACGGAUACCUGGCAGCAUUUUGUACCAUUAACAGGUCUGGAUUGUCCAUUUGUGUAUCCAGCUGGCCAUAUGAAGAUUGUACAUCUGGAUGAAAUAAAGCUGCACAGCUGAGACGUUUGUUAAAACAGACACAUCAGGAGCCUGGAUCUGAGCAUACUCAAUAUGCUGCUGCCUGCAGAGCUCCAAAUGCAAUCAAACUCAACAGCUCUAGGGUACCCAAUGAUGCUGUCUUCUCCAGAACCCACAGAUUAUGACAGCGACAGCUCUGGUGUCAGAUAUUCCCCCAGCCUGCCGGCCUCUCCGUGCUCCAGCAUGUACCCGUCACCUUGCUCCAGCCCGACCCAAGCAAAUAGCAGCUGUUACCAUAUAGUAGACUACCUUCUAUCCCAAGCCAGUGAUUGUCCCAGCAAUUUAAAAAACACGAGCAGCGUUACCUGCCCUGCUCCAACAGCACAGCAUCGGCUCUCUAGUUUCGGAUCAGGGGCCAACAAUCAGUUCCACUUCCCAGAAGUGGGAGUAUUGACUCAGUCACCAUAUGCUGCGGGUCUGCCCAUGUUGGAAAGGGUAAUAAGUAAUGGCACUACCUGUGACCAAGCAGGCAGGAUGUUGUCUUUUCAACCAACACUGGAUGAAAUUGAAGAGUUUUUACAAGAAAACAUGUGUUCCUGUCUUAAUACUUCUAAUAACAGCAAAAUCAAAGAGACCAAUAGCUCUGUGUGUGGCAAAGUUAGCUACAGCACACGCCUUGAGGUUCUACAAGGAAAUAAACUGAAAGAAGCAGAACCUGAAGUAGUAGGAGCUUUAGUGCCCAUUAAAAUGGACUCACAGGGAGCAAAGGCAGCACAGGACAAAGAAGAGGAGGAGAAAAAGCAGCAUACUAGUAGCAUGUACACUUGUGACAGCUCUUCAUCUGUGGAUGCUGUUGCAGAUGGUGCCUCUAGUGGACAGACAAUGACUCUGUCAGGUUGUGUGCCUGUGGUCAUACAGCUUCAGCCAGUGCCCACCAAGAAUGGAGAAAGCGGAGUGAAAAUUGCUCAGUUGCUGGUCAAUAUUCAAGGCCAAACAUUUGCUCUUGUGCCUCAGGUGACCGGCUCUACAGUGAAUGGCACUUCAGGUGUCCAGCAAACCCCUGGAAGCACAGGGAGGCAGUUUAUUCGAAUUGCUCCAGUGCCAAUUGCUGCAAAACCAGCAGAGGAGGACCAGGCCGCAUCGUCUAAGCAAACUUCAGCUUGCAGGCUGUCAAAGUUGGGUCCUGGUGACUUGCUCAAGGUGCACAAAUGCAGCUUCCCUGGUUGUAGCAAGAUGUACAGCAAAAGUAGUCACCUGAAAGCUCAUGUCAGAAGACACACUGGGGAAAAGCCAUUUGUGUGUACAUGGCCGAGCUGCGACUGGAGAUUCUCUCGCUCUGAUGAGCUUUCUCGGCACAAGCGGAGUCAUUCCGGAGUAAAACCAUACCAGUGCAGUGUUUGUGAGAAGAAGUUUGCCCGUAGUGACCAUCUCUCCAAACAUGUUAAAGUUCACCGGUUUCCACGCUCCAGCCGUAGUGGGAACUGAUUGGCAUGGCCGUUCGCUCCAAGGAGCAGCCAAUGAACAAAGAUAGAAAUCAGUCCAAACUUGAGGGACUACAUGGAGCUGACCUGAUCAAAGUUAUGGCUUUGGGAGGACCCUUUGGCAGCUUUGACAGCUUAUCCACAUUGACCGAUAAAGCUUCUGAAGAGCAAACCAGCAGGCUGACUGAGAAGAACCUUCUGCAUUGAGUUCGCCCAGGAAAUUGUCAUUGUGUUUUGACGUUAAUGGAAUACAGCGGUCAAAAAAAGAGCAGUUUUGUUGAGUAUAGGUACACAUUGGAGAGGACAACUGAAAAAACAUCACCUUUACAGAUGCUGCUGAGGAAGAGCAUAUCUGCUCUGUUGUCAAUCUGGAUUGAGAGUCUAAAGUGGAAUAAGUGGCACACUGAAGGACAUGCAUCUUCGAUAUGAAAAUACCAAUAUCUGCCUGCCAAAGCACAGUAUAUGGAAACUUCAGAGCUGCUACAAACACUAACAUACCAGGGUUUAGUGAUGUUUUUAUACUUUUUGAAAAUUUAUUAUUUAAAUUAUGUGAUAAUAAUAAUAAUAAUUUAAAUUACUA